GGCACAAUCGCUGCAGGCUGCCGCUGGGAGCAGCACGGAGACGUGCUGGCAGUGUGUGAGGAUGGUUGCUUCAUGACAGAUGCGAGAGGUGUUUGCAAUGACAAUUCUUGUCCUCUGAAGUUACAGACUAGUGUGUACGCAUCCAAAGCGGCAUGGGAUUCGCCACGUGGAUGAUGUCGCUUGUGGCCGAAGUGGUGGUAGUGACAGCUCUGACCCAGAAGCAGAGUACAGCACCACGAUCUGCAUCUGUACAAGGGAAUAUACUACGACCUGGACUUCACAUCUGUCGCCAAGAUGCAGUUGUCAUGCAGCCAGUUCCAACAACAAAAGCAGUGUGUGUUCCAUACUACCAAAGGAGUUAUCUACCUUGCAGAGGAAACAAGACAGGAGUGUGUCCACAUAUCAGAUUGUCGUACCGCGUGGAGAUGAGGCGCAUGAUUGAGAUGAGGCCCCACUAUAAUACCCGCUUCUCCUGCUGUCCGGGCUGGGCGGGAUAUGACGCCGAGGAAAACGCCUGCCUGGAAUCUGUCUGCAUCCCCGCGUGUCAACAUGGCGGCAAAUGUCACGUGCUUAAUACGUGCAACUGUGAUGAAGGAUGGAGUGGCAGUUCUUGUCAAUCUGACGUUGACGAAUGCCGGAGCAAGCCCUGUGAGCAGAGAUGCGUCAACAGUGACGGGAGCUACCACUGCGAGUGUCACCAUGGUUACCACCUCUCCGGGGACGGCCGCACCUGCACUUUCUGUCUGUCCUGCACAGUUGAGUUCACGACCAUGUUACAAGACCAGAAGCAUCUCACGCAGACCGUCAACAUCAUACAUGUCGACAAUGAUAUACUGACGAUGAACGUAACCAAGCUUCACAAAGAUUUGCGGACACUGUCAACAUUCCCAACUUCCCAGCCCACCCAGGAGCUACCACGCCCUCCUAGCUCAGCCACACCCUCCCCCGAGCAGCAGGUGCCGGAUGCGGCCAAAAUAAACACCUAUUUGUCAUCCCUGAGUGAACAGAUCGCUAUGCUGGAGGAGAGACUGGAUGUCUGUACAUGUACCCAGCAGUCACGCCAGAUGACGGCGAUGCCCGGGCCCCGUGCGAGAUCCAAACUUCGACACGGCUAGAUAGAUGUGGCCAGUGAUCGGACCUCAGCCCCACCUCAGCAGAGAGGUCGUAUGUUGCCGCCGAACGUUGGGCUUCAUCUUGAGAUAGUGACUCAUAUGUGACAGCGUGACUUUUCAGAUAGUAAAUAUCUAUAGUGAUAUAGUGA